AUGGUUGUCUCAAGAGAAGAAGUGAGGGAGAUUAUUGGUCGAGGAAACGCUAUUGUAAUCUAUGAGGAUCAUUUACUAAACUUGAAUGGCUGGUUGGAACGUCACCCCGGUGGUGAAAAAGCCAUUCAUCACAUGAUUGGAAGAGAUGCUAGUGAUGAAAUGAAUGCCUACCAUGAUCCUGAAACCGUGAAAACCUUCAAAAGGUGGUCCAUCGGUCGUGUAAAGCUUCCAUGGGACAACCUUGUGCCCCCGAUUCAAGGUGGUAACUACUCAUUCGACAAAGUUGACCAACGUGUCAUCUACAAGAAGUUAGGCAUCUUUCCUGGAGUAAAGAUAGAGCCAAAAGUUCAAGAGAAUAUCGUUCUAACAGAAAAAUCUGCCUCCAAACUACUGCCAGUGGGAGGAGUAAGAGAUCCAAAAACAAUAAUAGAGGACUUUGACAAUAAAUUGGUCUACGAGGACAUAAAACAGAUACCUUCUUUGGAUCACGAGACGCAAAGAAAUUUAAGCCUGCAGUACAACGAGUUGCAUCAAACUAUUAUCAAUCGAGGAUACUAUCAGUGUGACUAUUGGCAGUACUUUAAAGAGUUUUGCCGAAUCAGUUCGUUAUUUCUUUUGUUUGUUCUUUUUCUACGAUCAAAAUGGUACACUCUUUCUGCCAUCAGCAUUGGCCUCAUGUGGCAACAACUCGUAUUUAUUGCCCACGAUGCGGGCCAUAUUAGCAUCACGCAUAACUACCAGAUAGACAACAUUAUUGGAAUUAUUAUUGCUAACUUUAUUGGAGGCCUAUCACUUGGAUGGUGGAAACGAAAUCAUAACGUACAUCAUCUUGUUACCAACGAUCCAGUUCAUGAUCCGGACAUUCAACACCUCCCAUUUUUUGCAGUAAGUUCAAGGCUGCUAGGAAACGUAUUCAGCACAUACUACGAGAAAUAUUUGUGGUUUGAUAAAAUAGCCCAGAAAAUGCUGCAAAUCCAACACAAGUUGUAUUACCCAAUUCUUAGCUUUGGAAGAUUCAAUCUUUACAGAUUAUCGUGGAGCCAUUUGAUAAUGGGACUGGGACCCAGAAAGGGUAAAGCAGCCUGGUUCAGAUAUUUGGAACUGAUAGGACUCUGCUUUUUUUCUUACUGGUUUUUUUACAAGACCAUGUCAUAUAUACCAACAAAGACUCUAAGAUUUUGGUUCUUGCUCAUCAGCCAUUGGACAACUAUGAUUGUGCACGUUCAGAUUGUGCUAUCACAUUUUGCUAUGUCGACUUCUGACCUGGGUUCUACAGAGUCAUUUGUAUCUAGACAACUACGAACUACUAUGGAUGUGGAUUGCCCUGAAUGGUUUGAUUUUUUUCACGGGGGACUACAGUUCCAGGCCAUACACCAUCUUUUCCCAAGAUUACCAAGACACAACUUUCGCAAAGUCCAACCAUUGGUGAUUGAGUUUUGCAAGAAUACAGGACUACAUUACUCCAUCUAUGGAUUUGUGGACGGAAACGGAAAAGUGGUCAAUAAGAUGGCUGAUGUUGCCAGCCAGGUCGUUAUUCUAAAUGAUUGUCUUCAUAGUAUACAUUUGGAGAAUACCACAGGCAAAAAUCUUUAUGAAGCCAAGGUUGAAUCUGUUAGCAUUAAGGGUUGA